CCCAGGCUCCCGCCUGGCAUCCUCGGGGGCGCCCGGGGCCAUGGUCCCCCGGGCGUGAUCGGGAAAGCUGCCGCCUGCGCCCCGGCAUGGCAGCCAAGUUGGAGAUCACUUUGAGCCCGCAGCCCCCCGCCCAGGCCCGCUCCGGGCAAGAGAGACGCAUCGUCGCGAAGCUGGAGGCUCAGAGGGCGCCGCCGCCGCCGCCGCCCCCGGGAGCGGACCCCGACCCCGACCCCGACCCCGGCCCGGACCCCGAGCUCUCUCGGCGGAGCUUCAGGCAGUUUCGUUACCGGGAGGAGUCGGGCCCGCAGGAGGCGCUUUCCCGGCUGCAGCUGCUCUGCCGCCAGUGGCUGCGGCCUGAAGCGCACAGCAAGGAGCAGAUUCUGGAGCUGCUGGUGCUGGAGCAGUUCCUCAACGUCCUGCCCCCUGACGUCCAGUUGUGGCUUCGGCAGCGGUGUCCCAGGAGCAGCAAGGAGGUGGUGGCCCUCGUGGAGGAGUUUCGCAGGGCGGCCAAGAAGCCCAAGCAGUGGGUGGCCGUGUGUUUGGAAGGGCAGAAGGUGCUGUUGGAGAAAACUGGAUCUCAGCUUGGAGAGCAGGAACUGCCGGACUUCCAGCUGCAGGCUCCUAGCGGAUAUCCCUGGGCUUGCCCCCUGGGGGAGCCCCUCCAGGCCGGAUCACAGCACCCACUGAGCACCCGGGAAAAGGCGCUCCUGCAGGAACCAGCCCUCACUCUAGCCGGCACAGAGGCCCCCAAACUGAACAAUGACAACAAGGAAAAUCCACAGCAGGAAGGGGCUAAAGGGGCAAAACCAUGUGCAGUGUCAGCCAGCAGGGCAAGGGGCAGCGGUCUGCAGCGUCCCCAGAGUCCCAAGCCUAGAGGGGCAAACGGAAGUGAAGCCCACCUGUCACGGAGGCAGAUCAGCGCCCCCAGAGCUCCAAAGCCAUUUGUUCAAUACCAGAGACUGUGCAGGGAGCUGGACUACUGCGGCAAUGCCCUCAGUAGCCACGCUCUGCAGGAGCUGAAGCAGAGCAAAGGGAGUAGAAGGGGCUUGAGCAACCGUUGGCAGCAUCCUGGCCACCAGCCCGUGCGCUCAGCCAAGAAACCUUACAAAUGUGAGGACUGUGGGAAAAGCUUCACAUGGAACUCAGAGCUGAAGAGACACAAGCGCAUGCACACCGGGGAGAGGCCCUACUGCUGCGGGGAGUGUGGCAGCUGCUUUGGGCGCCAGUCCACCCUGAAGCUGCACCUGAGGAUCCACACCGGGGAAAAGCCCUUCGAGUGCGGCCAGUGUGGGAAAAGCUUCCGCCAGAGCUCCAACUUUCACCAGCACUGCCGACUCCACCACCAUGACUGAGCCACAGGGCUGCCCCUCUCACCCCUCCCCUGGCAUGCAACUGUCCGAGAUGUCUGCGUGCCCUCAAGCACUGAUGGGAAGCUGAUUGGCUCGGUCUGGGAACCGGGACAGGGUGAGAGACACCAGGGCUGGGAAGCGGGGCACCAAGAAGGGGCGUCUCUGUCGGAGAGGAAGACACGUUUGCUGAGGGACAAACAGGACGACCCUCAGCUGUCCCCCUAUUUUAUUUAUUCUCUGAAAUAUAUUUAAGCAUAUAUUCUUUUUUAAAGCUCAUCCUCUAUUUAUAACUAUUUAUACCACUUGCUGUCAUACCUGACAAUCUUUAUCAUGCACUUACUGCUUUAAUAAAGACGAGAGAUCCACCAG